AACUGCAACCCUAGCUAGCUCAUUAAACGAAACAUUACGGUGCUCUCGUUCUCCCUUCUCUCUCUCCUUCGUCUCCUCCGACAACGCCGUUCUUCCCUCUCGGCUUCUCCUCUCUCCACCUGUUAAGAUUUCUCUAGCUCUGUGAUCGGGUCUUGUGUUGAAGCAUUCGAUUGAUGUUGGUGCGGGGGUGAUUGACGCCGAUCGGGUCUUGUGUUCAACCAGUCGACGAUCUCAGAUCUUGGAUCUUGGAUCUUCCUUCCUCACAUCUGCCACCAACACUGCUUGCAAAGCCGGCAAGGCUACACCAAGACUUAGCGAGGAUAAAGUCAAGCAGUGUGUUGAUCCGAAACUUGGAGCAGAAUAUCCACCCAAAGCAAUUGCUAAGAUGGCAAUGGCAAUGGCAAUGGCGCUUCUUCGCAGGCUUUCAACUUCCAUGGACAAGCCUUUACGUCCUCUCUUUAGUGCAGGCACAAUUGUUUACUAUAAGUCCUCUUUACUUGAUGAAGUUGUUUACGACAAAGAAAAAUCCCGAGUUUCAUGGCCAAAGCAAUUGAAUGCUUCACUUGAGGAAGUUGAUCCUGAGAUUGCUGAUAUAAUUGAGCUAGAGAAAGCUAGACAAUGGAAGGGGCUGGAACUCAUACCCUCAAAAAAUUUCUGAUCUUUUUAUUUCAGGUAUAUUGACAUGGCUAAAACACUAUGCCAGAAGCGUGCCUUGGAAGCGUUCCGGUUGGAUCCAGCGAAAUGGGGAGGAAAUACCUACAGAGGGAACUUCUUCAACAGGUGAAUGAUUUGGAAUAUAUUUGUUUUUUAUUUAAGAAAAAAAAGUUAAAUGGUCUUCUUGUGCAUUAUCCUUGGAGUAUCAUGGUCUUCUUGUGCUUAAAUGGUAGUUAAAUUGGUGGAAAAUUGAGCAGCAUGUUCCUAUUCCUCUAUUUUAGUAAUUUCCUUGAUAGAAUUUUUGCAAAUAAGAGCUGUUUUUGUCGAACUUGGGAGGUAAUGGCUUAUUUUACUAUGUGAUCAAUCCUUAGAUAGAUAUUACUAUUGCUAUCACGUCAAAGUUAAGCUUGUUGGAGGUCUCGAGCAAAAUGUUGGUGUAAAUAUCUCAUAUGUUAUAUACAUGGAUAUAUAAACAAGAUUACUCUUUGGUUGUUUUUAAUUCUCAUUUUUUAUUUAAAUUUAUUUUGUGUUGUCCAAGUUAAUGGUUUAUCUAUUUAUUCUUUUUUAUUUUGUUUUUAAAUUAUAUUGUUGUUGUAUGAAUUGGAUCAAGAGAGUGAGAUUCCAUCGCCAAAAGAAUUAGAAAGUAGAUCUUUUGAAGCGAAUAAUAGAGCAGGGUGAUUUUUUUUUAUGAUAGAGACUUGAUGUAUUAAGAGUUACAUAUUAAGACUUCCAAUACUUUAUUUGUAUAGGAGUUAUUAUUUUUUAUUUCUAAUACUAAAAAAUUAUAUACUAUGUUUAAUAUUUUAUUUA